AGUUUUGCUUCUUCCUUCAUCACACUUCUCUCGUUGGCAGCCUUUUCUUUUUUCUUUUUAGCUUUCCGAUUCGUACAUCAGCAUCAGACACUCCUUUGCACUAGCUAUCGACUUCCGUCUAGAAUUGAAAAGAAGAAAAACUAAACUAAAAUCUAGCGCCAAUCCCGUUAAAAGUAAUUUGAGUUGGCAUCGCAAACAAACAAUCAAAGAAAAAGCGAAACAUCUCUGUCACUACCGGCUACAUUUGUUUUUCUCUUCUCCUUUUUUUUCUUUCUUUUGCGUCUUCGAAAAAAUUCACGUGUGCAAACACACACAUACGUGAAGAGGGAUGCAUUCUGAUCCUAUGGAUACGCGCGGCGGCCGUGGCGGUGGCCGUGGCGGUGAUCGCGGUGGUGACUUCCGCGGCGGGCGUGGUGGUGAUCGCGGUGGCGACUUCCGCGGCGGGCGUGGCGGUGAUCGCGGUGGCGACUUCCGCGGCGGGCGUGGUGGUGAUCGCGGUGGCGACUUCCGCGGCGGGCGUGGCGGUGGGUUCCGCGGUGGUGACUUCCGUGGUGGUGAUCGCGGUGGUCGUGGUGGUGGAUUCCGCGGUGGACGUGGCGGUGGCGGUGGCUUCGGCAACAUGCGCGAGUGCCGUGACCGCGAGGAACACGCGAUCACCCUCGCCAAGGAAAACGCGCAGAGCCUGUGCGCGGCGAGUGUGGCGGUGGAGACGAACUGCUUCCCAAUUGACGUCUCGAAGGGCAAGUUCCACAACUACGUCACCUCCUUCGAGUUCCUCGAGAACGGAAAGGAGAUGGCGGGCGAUGGCUGGAAGAUCGACUUUCAGCAGGAGCUGCUGCGUGCUAUUCGCAAGACGCACACUGAGGGGCCGCCCAGCGCGACCAAGACGGGGCUGGAGGACAUGUGUGUGUGCACCGGGCAGGCCAUCCUCGCCCCGCGCAAGCUGGCCGUGGAGGACGGCUUCUCCAUUGAGUGCAAGCGCAAGGAAAAGGAGGGGCGCAAGACGACAGUGGAGCGGCACUACCGCAUCACCAUCCGCUACGAGGGCGAGGUGCAGCUGCGGCUGCCGGAGCACACGCAGUGGCUGAACAAGAUCCUUGCCUGCGGUUUGGGGGACACCUUCCCGGAGCACAUCGGCUCCGACUACGUCGACCUCAAGUCCCGCGUGGAGCGUGGCGACGAUUUGGUGACGAUGGACGCCGUCUCACCCAACGUGGCGCGCAUCGUGCGCCUGGUCGCUGACGGCAAGUCGACGGCGAUGGACGUGCUGCAGCUUGACGUGAGCACGAAGGCCUCCACCACGAAGAAGUGCAGCGACGUUAUCCAGCAGAUCUCGCAGCGCAAUCCGCAGAGCGCGAAGCGAGCGGUGAACGAGGUGCUUGUCGGCUCCAAGGUGACGACGAUGUACGGUGAGCCGACCUUCUUGAAGGUGAAGAGCGUCGACUUCGACGUGAAGGCCGGCCAGCCGGCGAAGCUGAAGGCGAACCCGAGCGAGACCUUUGUGCAGUAUUUCAAGCGCAAGUACGGCGCGACGGUCCACCCUGAGUCGCCCGUCCUGUACUGCCGCUUUGCGGAUCGCUCCAAGAACGGCCGUCUCCUCCCUUACCCGGCCGACACGCUGCAGCUCAGCACGCUCAGCACGGAGCAGCUGACGAAGCUGCCGAUGCUGUGCUCCGUCUACCCGGAUGAGCGCAUGAAGCGCGUGAAGGCGGCGCUGCAGCGCAUUAUGGCGUCCAAGCUGAUGCAGACGGUGCUCGAGCAGUACGGUAUUCGCAUCGAGACGACGGCCAUCGCGGCACGGGGUAGGGUGCUGCCGGCGCCGACCAUCUACGUUCCAACUGGACCACAGCGCUACAGCACCAUCGCGGCGGUCGAGUACACGGGACAGGCCGGCUUCGCGCUGGGCCUGAAGGGACUGCGCCACCCAGAUCAGCACAGCGAGUACAGGACGCUGCUGAUGGACGAUUACUUCAACAGGGGCAACUUGGGGAAGUGGCUGAAGGAGUACAACGUGGCGUUGCCGCAGCCGACGGUGGAGAGGUUCACCGGACCGAAGCAGUUCAACAAGGGCGCACCGGACGUCUUCGCGAUGGUGCGUCUGCAGACCAAGGAUGCGGAUCGCUACAACGACUACAAGCAGCGCUUCGCCCGCGACUCCGUCGUCUCCCAAAUGGCGGUGACCGAGUUGACGCGCAACGUCCCGCAGAUGAUCACGCAGCAGGUCGCCGCCAAGAUCGGUCAGCUGUGCUUCGUCUCCGACGUGACGGAUGCCGGGAAGGCCUUUGCGAACCGACCCGUGCUGAUCGUGAGCGCGGUCGUCGGCUCCGCCAUGAACACCCUCGCCGAGAAGCACAAGACGGUGAACGCAAAGCUGUUCACCGUCGCCUUUGUGGCGUUCCUCGCCAACGCUAAGAGCUGGAAGCCGUACUGCCUGCAUUACCAGGUGAAGGGCGAGGAGCAGGUGCUCUACGAAGAGAGCGACGCGGCGUCCUCGUCGAUGUCGACGGCCUCCCCCGCAGGGCGGCAGCAGAACGCGAACGAGGAGCUCAACAAGAAGUUCCCCGACUUCCUGAAGGAGGUGGUCGCGCACUUCAAGUUGAACGGCAAGAACGGUAAGGGGGCGAUGGUGCUGUACCGCGGUGCCAUGACAGACGCCGAGGCCGGCUUUGCCUUCAACAUGGAGCCGGCGAUGGAGCAGGUGCUGCCCAGCUGGGACACAGCCACGCUGGUCGUGCAGCCCCGCUCGCACUUCCGCGAGUUCUGGGACCCUGCCACGUCCUUCCCGAGCGAGAAGGGCAGCGGCAGGGGCGCCCACUGCAACGUACCGCGUGGCUUCGUGACGAACGACUGUCGCAUUGUAUUUGCCGACGCGGAUCCGAACGCGCCGGUGGAGUCCUUCUACCUCAGCGGCGCGAACUGCACGCUGGGACACGCGAGCAACACGUACUACCUCGUGCAAAACCGCUCGCCGGCGAUCCCAAUGGACCAGCUGCAGCGGCUGACGUACAACAUGUGCUUCAUGUACCCCAACAAACCCGACGCGCUGCCGCUGCCGCUGCCGAUCAAGUGCGCCUACGAGUACGCACGCAAGUUCGGGUCGUUGAAGGCGGUGAAGGAGCUGCCGCCGAAGAUGCGCCCUACGAUGCACUACCUGUGA